AAAUCUGCAACCAAUUUUCAAGCGCAGAACGAAAGCUCGCGGAGCUACUUGUCGUUGACAUCCCGGCUCCCAUCCAACCCACCCACCGCCGCGCGAAGUAUAGAAAACCAGAAGAGGCUACAAAAGCUAGGGGCGCAACGCGAGAUGGUGGGCUUCCUCCGGGCCUUCGCCGCCGCCUCCGCUGUGCCCGCAGCAGCCUUCGCAGCAUACGCGCUCUCCUCCUCCUCACCCUCCACCUCCAAGCUCCACUUCCCCCUGCCCGCCUCCUUCUCCUCCUUCACCACCACCACCACUUCCGCGCGCGCCGUCACUCCGAUGGCCGCCACCGCCACGGCCGAUCUCUCAGCCCCUGAUAAGGAGACGGCGCUUCCGGAGCUCACGACAGAGUUCAUGGUGGACAUGAAAUGUGAGGGCUGUGUUACUGCAGUGAAAAACAAGCUUCAAACUCUUGAAGGAAUAAGAAACAUCGAGGUGGACUUGGAUAACCAGGUUGUUAGAGUUCUUGGGUCUCUCCCAGUGAAGACAAUGUUAGAUGCUCUGCAUCAAACAGGCCAAGAUGCACGUCUGAUUGGGCAAGGAGACCCAAAUGAUUUUUUAGUUUCUGCUGCUGUUGCUGAAUUCAAAGGGCCUGUUAUAUUUGGUGUUGUUCGUCUGGCCCAAGUUAACAUGGAAUUGGCUAGAGUUGAAGCCACCUUUAGUGGUCUAUCACCUGGUAAACAUGGAUGGUCAAUAAAUGAGUUUGGGGAUUUGACAAGAGGUGCAGAAAGUACUGGCAAAGUAUAUAAUCCUCCAGAUUAUUUAUCCGAUAAGCGUCUUGGUGACCUGGGAACACUUGUUGCUGAGGAGAACGGGGAAGCCCAUUUCUCAGGAUCAAAAGAGAAAAUGAAAGUUGUCGACUUGAUUGGCCGCUCUGUUGCUCUGUAUGCAACCGAGGACAGAUCAGACCCCGGCAUUGCAGCAGCCGUGAUUGCAAGAAGUGCCGGGGUUGGGGAGAACUACAAGAAGCUCUGCACCUGUGAUGGUGUCACCAUUUGGGAAUCAAGCUAAGCCUAUUAGUACCGUCGAGUUUUCCAUACUACUGCAAUUUGCUCCCAUAUGUUGUUGUACACGCAUUAAUGUAGAAACAAUGAACCAGCUAAGGUGCAUUUGGAAAUAAGCAUGAUACAUUGAGGAAUAAAGCUUGUUUCGAUGAGGAGCUUGACAUCA